AUGUCUAUGGCUUCUGAGAUUGCCGGUACCGUGGAGGAAUACGAAGUGGACCUUAAUACAAGGUUCAAAGCAGGAAAGGAAGGCCUAGUAACUAACUCCGUGGUCGCCAGCAAUGACAUCAGUUUGAAUCAAAGGAUGCUGAGCGCCUGUGUCGGGUCGGUACUUACUUCUCUGGUUGUUACUCCAUUUGAUGUGGUCAGAAUAAGGCAGCAGCAGCAAUAUCUUAUAACGCCACCCGCCGUUACGAAUGCGGGCGAGUGUUGUAGAAAAGUGUUCUGGUUAGAUACAGUGAAGGAGGAAGCGAGGAGCGUUGCAAUCAACGAAUUCUGCGUCUCUCACUCUUGCUCUCAAGAUGUCAAGUUUGAAAGUACAUCAGAGGGGUUGUCCAAGAUAAUUCGGAACGAAGGCUUUGCUUCUCUUUACCGUGGGCUUAGUUUUACCCUUUUGAUGGGAGUCCCUGCUAAUAUUGUCUACUUCAGUGGUUAUGAGUACUUGAGAGAUCGAUCUCCGUUUCGAACUUCAAGCCCAACAUUGAAUCCCCUGAUUUGUGGUUCUGUAGCCAGAGUGUUAGCAGCCACUUGUGUUGCUCCAUUGGAAUUACUCAAAACUAGAUUGCAAUCAAUCCCUUCAUCACUGAAAAAUAACCCCACACAUAUUAAUGCUAAUCGAAAAUUGUUUUGGAAAGUUCUAAAAAGAUCCGGUGAGGAAAUGAGUUCUAGAGGACUGCGAAGCCUCUUCACUGGACUCCAGUUAACGCUGUGGAGAGAUGUUCCGUUUAGUGGAAUCUAUUGGGCAUCGUAUGAAUUUUUCUCCAAAAGAGCAAAUUUUUGGAAUUUGCCAAGUCUAAACGACGAUGAUGCUUUGAGACAGCACAAAGGAUUGGAUCUCGGAGUUUUUGCAAGAUCUUUCCUAAGUGGUUCCAUAUCUGGAGUAAUAGCUGCUGUAAUCACUAAUCCUUUCGAUGUAGGGAAAACUAGACUACAGAUUUCAGAGGAAAGUGUUUCGUCUCUCAAUGUUAGAAAGCCAGAGAAAUCAAUGUUUCAGUUUCUCUACUCCAUAGUAAAAGCCGAAGGAGUGAGAGCCCUAUACGUCGGACUUUUCCCCAGAUGCUUGAAGGUGGCACCCUCAUGUGCCAUUAUGAUCUCCACUUACGAAAUGUCAAAAACGUUGUUUCUUAAUCAAAAAUUAUAG